GCAAUUAUCAUCGUCCCUUGGAUGCGAAGUGACUUUUAAACCCAUUUCUGAUUUUUUCGACUACUUGGCAGAAGAUUUCAAAAAGCAAGCAAGCUUAAUAGAUCAAGUGUUCCCUCCGGAAUCUGAUGUUUUCUACGUGUUUGUGGAACGGGUGGUCGAGGAUGUUGUAAGUGGUUUUCGACUUGACUUGACCAAUCAGGCCCGCAGUCGUGAUAUCAUGAUUUACCUCAAGGCAGUAGGGGUUGCAUGUCUUCAUUGUAAACGCAUUGCCGAGGUUCUGUGGAAACACGCGAAACCAGGUUUAAGCAAGAUAAGGGCUGAAGAAGUAAUCUACCGAAUGUUCGAACCGAUGAUGAAUCAAUAUUUGAAUGAUGAGCUUACAAUGGUAAAAGUUCUAAAUGAAGAAGAAAUUGAUAAAUGGAACCAAAAGGUGUUGAAUAAAACCAUACUUGAUCAACGAUCUUUCCUCAACAACUCCAAUCGGGAAGUGUACAAACGCAAUUACCUUUCUUCCUUCCGGAAGGUUUUAAAAUUAGACAAAAGAAGUAGCGUCACUAGCAUACAAGGUUUUGAUGGUUCAAGUAGUCCAACAGAUCAAAUGACAUCAAGCAACGCGAGAUCAGGUAGUCUUCAACAAUUACUCAGUCUAGAAACUGCUUUGCAAAUGAUCCACGCGAACAAAGACUCACUGCACAGGAUCAGUGCAUUCAUAGGAUUUCCUGGCGAGAUGGGUCAAAGAAUGUACAUAGAAACCAUUGAAAUGGUGUUUAUUAGUCUUCUUCGGACAUUGGGUACAAAACACAUUAAACCGGGAUUUGGCAUAGCCGUACAACGCCUUAAUGAUCAAGCUGAUUUAAAGGGCCUGGCACCCUUGGUCGAAUUUUUCGAAUUGACACAUAUUGCAGAUCUCAUACAACAAAUGGUACAAGUAUAUUAUGACGAAGAGAUGAGUCGAUUUAUCGAUAGAAUGGAUUUUUUGAAUAUCUGUAAUAAAGAGAAGAAAAUUUUCGAAAAGACUUUGGAUGAAUGCGUAGCCGCUGGCUUGAACAAAGGCAUUCAGAUUCUAAUUGAUCGUAUCGAAUUUAUUUUGGCCACGGAACAAAGACCCGGAGAUUUUGAACCACCGGCUGAUGCAUCGUUGGAUUUAGCGCCCACCAAGCUCGGUAACAUUUAUAUUAUUUCCAACCCACGAGACAUCGGUUUAUUCAUUAGAGAAACCGAACGAUUUAAUGGCAUAUUUUACGCCGAAGACAUAUACGAGUUUUGUCAAAGGAGAGAUGAUUGGAUGAUGAUUAAAAAAGCGGUAGAUAAGGAAUUAUACGGAUUGAAAGCGGAAGAUU